ACCUGACAAUGGCAACCAGUGAAAUGUAUUUCUGAGUUAGGUUGGCUUGUUUUCACAAUUCACAACAAAAUGCCUCCAGCUGUCCAUCACCACUGUAAAUAUAAAGAGUGGUUAUAGAGGAAAAAACGUCAGAAAGCAAAUUCAGUUGAUGUGGAGCAGAAGACAAGAAAGAAGAAGGAGAAGGGCACUUCAUCCCCCUCUCCAAUUCCAUCUGACCGUUCUGAACGGAAUGGCUCCGCUACCUCUGACCCCUCACCCUCUGAUCAACUCUCCUCCCUCCAUCCACCUCCCUCUCCUGUUAAAUGUUCCUCUCGGCCUUGCUCUCCUGCUAAACAACCCUCUGUACCCCGGUCACCUGCCAAAAACCCUUCCCCAGUGAAAUCCUCUCCAGUGGUGUCCCACCCUAGUUCUCCCUCUCCUACCAACCCUCUGGACCGUCAUGGAGACACCAGUCAGGAGGGCACAACAGUCAGACCUCUGUCUCUUCAGGAACACUCUAGUCCAAUGCCCCAGAGACCAGGCUCAGCCACCAGAAGCAUGACUCUUCCCAGGGCCAGCUCAGCCACCAGAAGCAUGACUCUUCCCAGGACCAGCUCAGCCACCAGAGGGUCAGAAGAGACCCAGGGGGCCAGAGGAGAACGGGGGGAACUGGUCAACAUGGAACUUCUUGGGUUGCCUAACAUUGGCAACACUUGCUUCCUUAACGCCACCCUGCAGUGCCUCCUGGUCCUGCCUUCCUUCUCAAAGGAAAUCCUGCACCAGGAACAACUCUGGAGCUCCUCCCCCUUCUCCAACCUGCUCAGGUGUCUGUCUGAUGUGCACCGUUCAGGUCUACCUGACAGUGUGGCAAACCAGGCCUCAAAAGCAGACCUCAUGGGGAAGGUCAAGUACUCCUUGUCGGGAUACGAUUUGAAGUAUCUGGGGGACACGCAACAGGACGCACACGAGUUACUUGUCAAUAUGCUGUGCCAGCUGAAGGAGGAGGGCAUGAUUCUGAAGACACUCGGGAUGAACUAUACCUGCCCUGUUUCCCAGCUGGAGUUCCAGCUUGUGUCGGUGCGCACAUGUACCAGCUGUGGGCGCGAGUCGUCUACCAGAGAGGACUACAACCACCUCUCAUUGGACAUCAGCCCUGAGCGCACCUUGCUGAACAGCCUAGCACUCACUUUCAAAGUCAGCACUUAGGGCUCAGCCCUGCAUGUAGAGACUAACACCCAGGGCAAGCUGCCCACUGCCUCAGAAUACGCUAUCUUAUUAUUGUAGUGGUAUCAUUCAUUAUGUAAUGCUUUUGUUUCUAACCAGAGUGAACAGGUUGAAUUCACAUGUGAGGGCUGUA